AUGGCCAGUGAGAAACCCCACAGCAGCGUUCCUGCACGCCUCCCAGCUCCACACUCCAGGAUCAGUAGAACACGAGCGUCUCGCCAGUCUCGUAAGAAGGCAAAGGACCUUCCCUCCUUGUGUUUUGCCGACGAGAGCUCAGAGCCACUGCGAGCUGCCAAUUGCUCGAGUGAGCCUUGGGAGCAGCCGGGUGCGUUCCGUAUCAGGUUGGAGCCGCUGUCCAUAGCCGGAGCUCCUGAUCCUGUGGCUGCACCCCGCGGCAAGCCUGCGCCUCCGGACCCGCCGCCAGUCACCACGCCUCCGGACCCGCCUUUCAGGCUGAAGAGAGCGGCGUGUUUAGAGCAGGAGGUUUUUGUACAGCCAGUAAACCAGUUUGUAUCACUGUGGUGGACUUUUGGUGGAGGAACCAAACUGUCAGUUGGAAGUGUGGCCGCGCCCACCCUCACGGUCCUGCCCCCCUCCAGCGUGGAGCUGCAGCAGGGGAAGGCCACACUCGUGUGUUUGGCCAACAAGGGCUUCCCCUCAGACUGGAGGCUGAGCUGGAAGGUGGACGGGAGCAGCUGGAGCUCGGGGGUUAGCCAGAGCCCCGGGCUUCUGCAGAAGGACGACGGCCUCUACAGCUGGAGCAGCACCCUGACCCUCCAGGAGGACCAGUGGCUAAAGAAGACAGUGACCUGUGAGGCCACCAAGGACUCCCAGACUCCUGUCAGCCAAACCCUGAGCAGAGAGCAAUGCACUGGGCAGUGAGCGUCCACGCGUGUG